UGAAUCUACUGGAAUAGGCUGUAAUGCUUCAGAUUUUGAAGUAGAAUAUUGGCUUCCAGAUAUUGCUUUAGCUGUUUAUAUUCUUUUUGUUGCUAGGACACCAGAAUCUAAGCCAUAUUUGUUUCUUCAAAUUUAA